GACGUGACGGGAGACGGAGGGUGUCUGAAGAGAGUGCUUGAGAAGGGAGUGAAGGGAGAGCGCCCGUUCGCGGGGGACGUUUUCGAGCUCGGGCUGGACAAGAGCGAUGCCAUCCUGGGGUGGGAGACGGUGAUCCCGUGGAUGGAGAGGGGGGAGAGAGCGGAGUUUAGGUUCGGGCCGGAGUAUGCUUUCGGGAAGCAGGGAGCACCGCCAAGGAUCGCACCGGAUGCUGUGGUGGACUGCACCUUGAAGCUCCUGUCCUUCUCCGAGCCC